GAUGAUGAUGAGGAUGAUAACGAGGAGUUUGAUGAGAAUGAUGAAGAGGAUGAUGAUGAGGAUGAGGAUGAUGAUGAGGAUGAUGUUGAGGAUGAUGAUGAAGAUAAUGACAAGGACGCUGAUGAGGAUGAUGAUGAUGAUGACGAUGAUGAUGAGGAUGAUGAUGUGGACGAUGAUGAGGAUGCUGAUGAGGAUAAUGAUGAGGAUGAUGAUGAGGAUUAUGAUGUGGAUAAUGCUAAGCCAGUGUAUGAGGAGGAUGAUGAGUAUGAUGAUGAGGAUGAUGAUGAGGAUGAGGAUGAUUUUGAUGAUGAGGACGAUGAUGAGGAUGAUGACGAGGAUGAUGUUGGGGAUGAUGAUGAGGAUGAUCAUGAGGACGAUGAUGAGGUUGAUGAUGAGGAUA